GCGAGCGCCGCAAGCGAGCCGCCGCGCGUCGUCGGCUUCCCUGUCGGGGCGCUGGCUAAGCCUAACCAAGCUUUCAGCCGGCGCCGCGAUGCGAUACGCUGCGCGACGGAGUUGAGCGAAACGCACCGCGCGGAGGCAUGCCUCGGGGCAAACCCAGGGGUCGCCGCGAGACCGGCGACGUGGUGAAAUGGCAAAUCAUCGAGCUCUGGGAGGCGGGCGUCAAGAACAAGAGCGAGAUCGCGCGCCGACUCCACCUGUCGUGGACGGCCGUCAACCUCUGGGUGCAACGCUGGGAGAGCGAGGGCCACCUGAACGUACGGCCCCGCUCGGGCCGGCCGCGCACCACUUCGGGCGACGACGAAACCACCGUGAACACGUACACGGCCUUCUACGGCGCCGGUGGAGCGCUGCCCAAGCCUGCCGUUCAGGUCAAGCUCGAGCGGCCGGACCAGCGGCUCUCGGAGCACCACCACCGCCCGCCCCCGUCGUUCGCGGCUGCUGCUAGCGUCGCUGCCGCCGCGACCAGUGGCUGCGGCGACAGCGACCCGUCGGCGGCGAACGGCCCCUUGCCGCUGCUUCCGUUGCGUCAACUUUCCGACCCCACUUGCUUCGCGAACCACGAGAGCGCCUUCAAAAGGAGCUUUGAGAACGGCGGCGACCCCCACCACCCGGCCGAACGGCACGAGGAAGUGGUCGGUCUCGACCCGCCGCCGCCGCAAAGACUCAGCCUCGCUACUCAGACGGACGGCAGCAGCACGACGCCGCCCUCUGAAGCGGUCGGAUAGCCGAUGACGAUCGCCCGUGAUGGACUGAAGCUCCUUUAUUUAUUGUAGAGACUACUCCGCACCCCAUCCAGGGGUGGGACAGAUUUCGAUGAUGACGCGCGCGUCACCACGCUUGUGUUUACGGCGGCGCGCCCCCCCGGAAGCGCCUGAAUUUUCUUUAAUGAACUGAACGUACCCGGACAUAAGUGCAUGUGCAUCACUUUAGACCGUGCCCUAGACAUUCCAAAGCGCGAAAAAAAGAAAACGGCGCUUGCUUCUGGUCGUGUCAAAUGCCCGUGAUAUAGUAUUGCGUAUACGAAUCUAUAGUGUAAAUAAUGCGAGGAUGGGGUGAAACACUUUAUACAGCUCCGUGAUUUUAUUGCACUUUCCAUCGUUAGCGGCAGCUAAUCGUUUAGACAACGUUCUUGUCGUUAGUUACUGUUUUUUUUUUUUCUUUUUUUUUUUUUUUUUUUUUAGAUUUAUGUGCUGCACGCUUCUCAAACUUUUAUCUGCAGUACUUUUAGCCUGCCGCUGUUUGUCGUAGAACAGUGAGCGUGAUUUUACCCUUCCCCUGGUCUCGUCGUAGUCAGUAGAUACCCGGUGAUUUUAAUAUAUUUAUGCAGCAGUGUGGAAUAAAUGUGAUCUCGCUGCUCCGUUGAUUUGUGUCAUGAAGAAAUCGAUGCAAUCAAUGCUGACCAUGCCAUGGACGCAUUGUAAUAAAACGAGAUGGAGCAGCAAAAA